CGCUGCUUCCCGGCCCGCCGCCCGCGGCGGGAGGAGUUUGCCCCGGAGCAUAGGGAAGUUUGCUGCCGAAGCUCCGCUCCUGGAAAAGCCGUACCUGCGGCGCCCGCUCGACCCGGCUCUGCUCGCAGCUCGCGAGGUUACUUCAUGGAAUGAGCACUUAAGAGAAUGAGAGAGGCUUGGAGCUCUAUGGAAAAACAAAUCAUGUGGUCUUCAGACAUGAGGAGAAAUGCAGCCAUCUGAAAUGGUCAUGAACCCCAAACAAGUCUUCCUCUCGCUGCUGAUAUUUGGAGUAGCAGGGCUACUCCUCUUCAUGUAUUUGCAGAUGUGGAUUGAAGAACAACACACAGGGAGAGUGGAGAAGAAAAGUGAACAAAAAUCAACUGCAGUGACUAGAGAAAAAAUCCAGGAACAUAACACCGACCAGAACCCCAAGUACCACAUGUCUGAGGAUCCCAAGAAAACAAAGGAAAGUCUGCUUAACUCUGAGAGGCCCACUAGGGUCUUAACAGAGACCAGUCACUCACAGAUAGAGAGUCUAGCUUUGGGUAAGACCACAGGGUCACCCACCUUUAAGUUGAUUGAAAAACAUCAAGGAACUAAGACCCUUUUCAAGAAGUUCAGAGAAAUGAAUUGGCCAUUGGACAUUCACCCUUUAAACAAAAGUUUAGUCAAAGACAACAAAUGGAGGAGAACUGAUGAAACCCAAGAGAAACGCAGGUCUUUCCUUCAGGAGUUUUGCAAGAAAUAUGGUGGGGUGAGUCAUCCUCAGUCACAUCUUUUUCAUAUGGUAUCCAGGAUCUAUGUAGAAGAUAAACACAAAAUCUUAUAUUGUGAAGUACCAAAGGCUGGCUGUUCCAACUGGAAAAGAAUUCUGAUGGUAUUAAAUGGAUUGGCUCCCUCUGCAUACAAUAUCUCUCAUGAUGCUGUUCACUAUGGGAAGCAUUUGAAAAAACUAGAUAGCUUUGACUUAAAAGGGAUAUAUACGCGUUUGAAUACCUACACCAAAGCUGUGUUUGUUCGUGAUCCCAUGGAAAGAUUAGUGUCAGCAUUUAGGGACAAAUUUGAACACCCCAAUAGUUAUUACCAUCCAGUAUUUGGAAAGGCAAUUAUAAAGAAAUAUCGGCCAAAUGCCUGUGAAGAGGCAUUAAAUAAUGGAUCUGGAGUCACAUUCAAAGAGUUCGUCCACUAUUUGCUGGAUUCCCACCGUCCAGUAGGAAUGGACAUUCACUGGGAAAAGGUCAGCAAACUCUGCUAUCCAUGUUUGAUCAACUAUGAUUUUGUCGGAAAAUUUGAGACUUUGGAAGAAGAUGCCAAUUACUUUUUACAGAUGAUUGGUGCUCCAAAAGAGCUGAAAUUUCCAAACUUCAAGGAUAGGCACUCUUCUGAUGAAAGAACCAAUGCUCAGGUCGUGAGACAGUAUUUAAAGGAUCUGACUAGAACUGAGAGACAAUUAAUCUAUGACUUUUAUUACUUGGACUAUUUGAUGUUUAAUUAUACAACUCCAUUUUUGUAGUUUGCAUUCAUUUUCUAAAGCCCUGUAUUUUACUUCAUGAUGAUAGCCUCGAAUCAGCUAGCUAUAAUUUUCCUAUAAUUCUCUGUAGGAGAGAAAUUUAACUAAGUGCAGUUGUCUUGAUUUAAUGAAGACUUUUACCAAAUAGUAUGACACCAAUUGGCACAAAGUUAUAGCAAAAUUACCUAACGGAGACAUGUAAACAACUUGAGUUGCUCUAGAAUGUUUGGAAAAGAGCUGCUUGUGCAUUAUGGAUUAUGUUAUAGAAGCAAUAACCUAGCCAGCUGCUACAUUAGCUACAACAGCCCCUUGCGAUGAUAGGAAAAGGCAUCUAAAAUAGCAUGAGUGAAUGUCUUCAUCCUGGAAUUCCUUGUCUAAAAUGCACGGAUAUAUUUUUAGCAGUCUGUGGCAUAUUAAUCAAAGUUUGGAUAGUUUUCUAACAUCCUGGACAUCUUUCUAUCAACUGUGAUGAUAAAUCAAUUUUGAAAUGAUAUUUUGGACCUAGGCAUUUUACUUUAGAUGGGAAGACAUUAUGUGAUUUACAAUAUGAGAAUAUAGCAGAAAAAACAGAUGAGGCUAUGGCUUUUUAUAUUCAAUAGCCAAUAAAAAAAUGUACAGCCAAUAAAAAAAUGCUAAGAUCAAAGCAACAAAAGCAACUUUCCUCUUCCAGAAAAAUUUAAGGGAAUUGAUUCUGUUGUCUUCUGAGCCUUCUAUGCAAAGUCAAAAUGAAAACAACCACUAAAGGUCUUUGCUUCUGAAGCAGGCGGUUGAGAAGCUUAAGCCACAUCAGAUAUAAAUAUGCUCCUAAUUCUGGUUUAAUUGGGUGGGGGGAGGGGGAGGUUAUUUGGGGAUGGAAUAAUCAUCAAAAACAAAAGUUGCCAUUCUGAAUAUAGACCUCAAACAAUAGCAAAGUUUUACAAGAAUAUUAUUUGAAUCAAAGCAUCAUAUGCAUAGCUUUAUAUGUUGAAUGUACUCAAAGAAUAGCUUCUGUUUUCAGUCUAAUUAUUCAGCUUGGGAAUGACUUCUUAAAAACUAAUACACCACUUCAAAGAUAGGUUAUGUUCUAAAGAAUAAACAUAACAAGAGCCCCUAGAAACAUUUUUAAUAGGCUUAUGCAUAAACAAAUUAAGGUAUUUUCUUUUUAAGUUUAAAUAUUCUGUACUAACAAAGUCAAAUACCACUGCCUUCAAAUAUUGGAAUCAAAAUCUUCAGAAAAUAGGACCAUGUGUCACCCCUGUGAAAAGUUGCAAUGCAUUUUAGAAUUUUUUUCCAAGGGACCCUAAAGUAGAAGACACAUCUGGGUUGGAAACUCAUUUAACUGGUCAACUGAGUUAAGCAAAUCACAUAUCAUUCAAACCCUGUGUAAAUACAUUUCUUGAACAUGUUCCUUUUCCCAAGCUAUCAUUUUAUGCUCAUCAGUAAAUAUUCAGUAAUGUCUCUAAAAGAAAAGAAAGUAUUAAUAUUUGAAUAUUAAUAAACCAAGAUAGUU